AUGGGGCCACGGAAGAAAAGUGUUAAAACGUGUCUUGUGAAUAAUGAACUCCCAGAGGAAUCAACGUCAGAUGAAACAAAGGAUUAUAUGAAUCAGCUUUCACAUGAAGUGCUUUGCCAUAUAUUUAGGUACCUCCCUCUGCAGGAUAUCAUGUGUAUGGAAUGUCUUUCCCGGAAGCUAAAGGAAGCAGUAACCCUGUAUCUGAGAGUUGUGAGGGUUGUGGAUCUCUGUGCAGGGCGGUGGUGGGAAUACAUGCCAAGUGGCUUUACCGAUUCCAGUUUUCUAACACUGCUGAAGAAGAUGCCAGAUGUGGAACAGCUCUAUGGCCUUCACCCUAGGUACCUUGAGAGGCGAAGGGUACGAGGCCAUGAAGCCUUUAGCAUUCCAGGAGUCUUGGAAGCUUUGCAGGCAUGCCCAAAUUUAGUGGGUGUGGAGACUUCCCAUUUGGAGUUAGUAGAAUCUAUUUGGACAUAUAUGCCACAUGUUCAUAUUUUGGGGAAAUUUCGUAAUCGUAAUGGAGCAUUUCCAAUUCCUCCUGAAAAUAAACUGAAAAUUCCUAUAGGAGCCAAAAUUCAAACUUUGCAUUUAGUGGGAGUAAAUGUUCCUGAAAUUCCUUGCAUCCCAAUGCUAAGGCAUCUUUACAUGAAGUGGGUCAGACUUACUAAACCACAGCCAUUUAAAGACUUUCUUUGUAUCAGCUUGCGGACAUUUGUCAUGAGGAACUGUGCAGGACCCACAAAUUCCUUAAAAUAUGUCCCUUUAGUAACAGGUUUAGCCUCUGCUCGAAACUUGGAACACUUAGAAAUGGUUCGAGUUCCUUUCCUUGGAGGUCUUAUCCAACAUGUAGUUGAAGACAGUUGGAGAUCAGGUGGUUUUAGAAAUUUGCACACUAUUGUUUUAGGAGCUUGCAAAAAUGCUCUUGAAGUAGAUCUUGGUUACCUCAUUAUCACUGCUGCUCGUAGGUUACAUGAAGUUCGGAUUCAGCCCUCUCUAACCAAAGAUGGUGUCUUUUCUGCCCUAAAAAUGGCAGAACUGGAGUUCCCCCAGUUUGAAACUCUUCAUCUUGGAUAUGUAGAUGAGUUUUUGCUGCAGAGCAGAAUGGCUAAUGCGGAUCUGGUGAAGUAUGGUUUGGCUGAUGUAGUAGAAAAUCCUGGUAUCAUCACUGAUAUAGGAAUGAAGGCUGUCAAUGAAGUUUUUUCGUGUAUCAAAUACUUGGCAAUUUACAAUUGCCCUCAUCUGCAUAGCCCAUACAGUUGGAUCUCAGAUCACUCAAGAUGGACACGAUUGGUUGAUAUCAAUCUAGUGCGGUGCCAUGCAUUAAAACUGGACUCUUUUGGCCAGUUUAUUGAAUUGUUGCCUAGUCUGGAGUUUAUUUCACUGGACCAGAUGUUCCGUGAGCCACCCAAGGGCUGUGCUCGAGUUGGUCUGAGUGCAGGUACAGGAAUUGGGGUUUCCUCAGCUCUUGUUAGCAAUCAAAACUCCAAUAAUGACAAUGAAAAUAAUGCCCAGAAUAACAAUGCCAACAUCCACGACAAUAAUCACCAUCAACCAGAUGAAUCAGACGAAGAGAAUGACUUUCGGCAAGACCUGCAGCCAGGAGAACAGCAGUUUGCAGCCGACGCAUUGAAUGAGAUGGAAGAUAUGGUGCAAGAAGAUGGUGAGAUGAUAGCUGAAAGUGGGAAUGAAGCUCACAGCCAAGCAGUUAUUCCUGUGGAUGUUGAUGAAGAACAAGCAGGACCCAGUGGUCUUCAACGUGCAGUAAAACCAACGCCAAUUCCUGUUCAUGAUUCAGAGAGUGAUGAUGAGGAAGACAGCCUAGAACUUCAAGAAGUUUGGAUUCCAAAAAAUGGUACUCGGCGUUACUCUGAGCGUGAAGAGAAAAUCGGAGAGUCAGUGCAGUCCAGGGAGUUGUCAGUAAGUGGAAAAGGCAAGACUCCACUUCGAAAGAGGUACAACUCCCAUCAAAUGGGCCAGUCGAAGCAGUUUCCCCUCGAGGAAAGCAGCUGUGAGAAAGGCUGUCAGGUCACCAGUGAGCAGAUCAAAGCCGAUAUGAAAGCAGCUAGGGAUAUUCCUGAAAAGAAAAAAAACAAGGAUGUUUAUCCCAGCUGCAGCAGCACCACCGCCAGCACAGUGGGAAACUCCAGCUCACACAGCACUGCUUCUCAAAGCCCCGACUUUGUAAGGACGGUGAACAGCGGUGGCUCUUCCGAGCCUAGCCCUCCAGAAGUGGAUGUGUCCAGGCAGUGUGUCUGCUCCCCCGGUGGGUCAGAGGACUCUGAGGCCAUGGAGGAGGGAGACGCAGAGAGUUCUGUCUGCCCCAGAUGCUGCUGUCACAGGCCUCAGGAAUCCCAAAGGAGAACUAGCAGGUGUUCUGAUGAGGAACGUCCUUCAACCAGCCGAGCCUGUGUUGUGAAUGGCCCGGAUGAGGUUGCCAAAACAAAGCCACGCCAUGCCAUGAAGCGGAAGCGAACGGCUGAUAAGUCCACCAGUACCAGUGAUCCAGUGAUUGAGGAUGACCACGUACAGAUUCUUCUAUUAAAAUCAAAAAACCUUGUUGGAGUCACUAUGACCAACUGUGGAAUCACAGAUCUAGUGCUAAAAGAUUGCCCCAAGAUGAUGUUCAUUCAUGCUACCAGAUGCAGGGUACUGAAACAUUUAAAAGUAGAAAAUGCACCAAUUGUAAAUAGAUUUGACUAUGCACAGUGCAAGAAACUGAAUAUGGAUCAGGUGCUAGACCAAAUUUUAAGGAUGCCUCCAGAGAGAAACCGCAUCAUAUACCUACGCCCAAUGCAGCAGGUAGACACACUGACUUUGGAGCAGAAGCUGUUCAGUGGCCCUUACCCCUAUCACAUCUGUAUUAUCCAUGAAUUCAGUAAUCCUCCCAAUGUCCGAAAUAAGGUUCGAAUUCGCAGUUGGAUGGACACGAUAGCAAAUAUCAACCAAGAACUUAUUAAGUAUGAAUUCUUUCCUGAAGCUACUAGAAGUGAAGAAGACUUAAAGAAGUACCCUAAAUAUCCAUGGGGAAGAGAAAUCUAUACACUAGAAGGUGUUGUGGAUGGAGCUCCGUAUUCCAUGAUUUCUGACUUCCCUUGGCUGAGGUCCUUACGGGCAGCAGAACCCAACAGUUUUGCACGAUACGAUUUUGAAGAUGAUGAAGAAAGCACCAUUUAUGCUCCUCGAAGGAAAGGGCAGCUAUCUGUAGACAUCUGCAUGGAAACAAUAGGAGAAGAAAUUUCAGAGAUGCGUCAGAUGAAGAAAGGCGUGUUUCAGCGAGUUGUGGCAAUUUUUAUCCACUAUUGUGAUGUGAAUGGGGAGCCAGUUGAAGAUGACUACAUCUGAUUGGUCUCUCCUGCUUUCCAGCUGUUCCUGCAGAAAGCUACCCCAGCAGCAAGAGUGCACCACGGAGCUCAGGCAUACAGUUUGGAGACCCUGGCUCAUCUUGGUAUAUAGGAAAUGUAUAAGGAACUUUGAAAUUGUAUACAAAGAUUUGUAUAUAGAGGAAAUAUACAUAAAGAGGGGGAGAAAAAGGACUCUUCCUAUAGUACCUACCGACUUUAUAUCAUAUGUUUAUACAGUUUAAUUUAAAAAUUCAUUUUAAUGAAGGCAGAUGAUUUGAAAGAGUUUGCUUUGUUUCUUUUUCUUAGUUCAUAAAGUAUAAUUCUUGGCUGACUCUCCCCUUCUUGUAUUCUUAAUAAUCACUGUCACUCCCUUAAAUCUGUGCCUUUUUCUUCUUAAACAAAAGGAAGUAUUUGAGUAAAUCUGUUGAACAG